AUGAGUAUUUCUUUUGCUCACAUGUCGACCCAGCCGCAGACCGCAUUGUCCCAAGUUGGGAAGCUCAUUAGUGUGGUGCCCGUUGGAUUGAAAGAGGCCGCUCUCGAUUCCCCAACUUUUCGGGCCACCACACUUCAUUUCUCCGAGCAAAUUGAAUACCUUGAAAGAUGGCUGGAUGGCUACGCAAAGGCUGCUUCGAAGCUCGUCACGGAGCUUGCGACCAUAGAAAAUGUGAUGAAUGCCUUUCUGGCGUAUUCUUCGAACCCUCCCAUCGUCUCAGAAGCUGCCCUCGACCAUGAUUAUACCUUACAGGCAAUGAGCAGGUGUGGUGAGAGCUCAAAAGAUCUGUGGAAUGGUCUAAUGGCCACUGCGAAGAAAAUGGAGUCACUUAUAUCGGAUCCUAUAAGAGCCUUUAUCCACGAUGAUCUACGGAGUUUCAAGGAGACCCGUCGCACCCUCGACCAAGCACAGAAGCAGUACGAUUCCCUUCUAUCUCGAUAUGCUUCACAGUCCAAAUCAAAAGAGCCUUCAUCCCUGAGGGAAGAUGCUUUCCAACUUCACGAAGCCCGGAAAGCCUACCUGAAAGCGUCAAUGGAUUUUUCAGUACAAGCACCACAAAUACGAAACUCUCUUGAUCGACUGUUAGUCCGAGUUUCCUUUGACCAGUGGAGGGAAUUUAAGACUCUUCAUAAUGACAAUGGUGCAUCCUUCGCCAAAUGGGGCCAAGAGAUGGAUCGCAUAAAGGGUUGGAUCCAUGAAAUGGAGGGCAGCGAGAAGUUCUCAAAGCGCGAGCUUCUUUCUGCCAGAAAGCAUAUUGAAGACGCUGCAGAGCUGGCGGCCAGGCCGUCUCGAGAGCUGGAAGAUUAUUCAGUAUCCACCGUUCCAUAUCUAGGGUCUCGCCCUCUGUCGGACCUGAACAUGACCAAGGAAGCACGGCCCGAGAAACAAGGCUGGGUUUAUCUGCGGACGUUGUCAGGCAAACCAACACGCACUGUUUGGCUGCGGCGUUGGGCUUUUUUAAAGAACGGUAUUUUUGGUUGCCUCGUGCUGGGUUCUCGAACUGGCGGGGUUGAAGAAAGCGAGCGUAUAGGCGUGCUACUGUGCAGUAUAAGGCCUGCUUUCCAGGAGGAACGAAGAUUCUGCUUCGAGGUGAAGACCAAGAGCAACACCAUAGUAUUGCAGGCCGAGACUCAGAAAGAGCUCACGGAAUGGAUUGCUGCUUUUGAAGCAGCUAAACGAAAAGCACUGGAGAACCCGACUAGCACCGACAUCUCGGUUUCCGGAAGGGUUACUAUACAAGAUCCAGCCUUUGCAAUCUCUCAGCCUCCAGCACCUGAAUUCGCCGCUGAUCCGGCUGACUCGCUCACGCCGCACGCAAAUGAUGAGCAUGGACCAUCUGAUCGUAGCGGAGGGUUGUCAGUUCCAGAGCGGGAGCCAUCAGCCUUCCGAAACAGCAGCGAUCUCGGCAGCCCCCGGCGCAUGACUGGGUUGGAACCCGAGAGUUCUGCACGAGAGCAUACUUCCAGACUCAUUCAAAAAUUAGAUCUUCACCGCAAGUCCAACAAUAAUGCUGUCCCACCAUCUAUAUCACUGCCCGGUGCAGGUGGUGGUAUCGCAGGCCUGAUCUCCUCCAGCCAUAGCACUUUAGGGCACAGCAACGGUCUCUCUGUGGGCGGGACUGAUGAAGGGAACAGAAGUCGCAGUCUGACGAGCCGGAGCCUUCCUCCUACGACACUCGCACCUUCUACCUUGGCGAAUCCACCUGCCCCUACCAGUAUGAGCAAAGUGGCUGUAAUCGUCAGCAAUGAACGAGGUAUUGGGUUGGGGCAAGCCGACAAGACAGGUGGGAUGCCUAGCGGUAUGAUGGCCAACCUGUGGGGUAGUUCUAACUGGGGUUUCAUGAACCGACUUGAACGUGAACGUGAUGCUCAGCUUGCUAGGGCCGGCGAGCUAGCUUCUGUGGGACAACGAACAUCAACUCCGGUGAUUGAUCCGUCAAAGCAACCGCAAUCAUCUGACGCCGAUUCGACCAACGGCACUUCAGCAUCCAGGCAGCAGAUGUCCGGCCCUCGCCAUAGACAGACUGUAAGUCUUGACGGCGAUGCGUCAAAGGUGCAGAGGGCAAUCUUGGGUAUUUCGCAUGAGUAUCCCAGUUACUACCCCGAGCAGCUUCGAUCUCAGGAUGCUCAAUUUCGCCUGCUCUUUCCCGACGUCAAAAGAGAGGAGCCUUUGGUCAUGGUCUUCCGAGCCACAUGGAAUCCCAACGAUCAGCAAGAAUUUCCUGGAAGAGCAUACGCUACGACUCGCAACAUAUAUUUUUACAGUCAUUAUUUUGGAUUAGUUCUAACCACAGGUGUCCCGCUGGAAAGCAUCAAGGAAGUGACUGCUGCACCUGGCAGAGACUGCGACUUCUUAUUUCUUCAUACUAUCCCGCCUCUUGGUGAGGAUACUCCUGGACGAAUUACAGUAAAAACAUUCCUGGAGCCUCUAAGACUUCUUCAAAGACGCCUGAAUUUCUUGAUCCAAGAUUCAACUUCGGUGGAACCCAUGGGGUUGGAAGCAAUUUUCAAGGCUCUGAUCAGAAUGGAGACUGACACAAGGAACCGCAGUUCUAGCCUGAACAGCUGGGAAGAUGCGGCCGUUUCGGAUGACAAGAAUGGUAUUGAAGAGGACAAACUCGCUGCCGGACAGCAAAAAGAUAUCCGCCGACCGAUUUACAUCGACUAUGACUUAGAUCCGCAUUCAAAGCAUGGCAAACACGGCAAAAAUGCGCCAAAAUUCCGGUUGCCAACACAACCUGUUCAAUAUGUUCCCCAAGGCAACCUCCGCCUCGCUGCAGAGAAGAUAUUCGAUAUUAGUCCGAAGGCGAUAUUCCAUAUCCUUUUUGGUGACAAGAGUGCUGUUUGGCAACUCCUUUUGCACGAAAGAAGAUCCCGAGAUAUCAAACAGGGGCCCUGGAUCAGAAACAAAUCUCGGCAUUUGCGACGCGACAUUGAAUAUCAUAUCGAGACAACCGACUUGUUUGUGACUGACAAGCGGACUCCAUGGCACCUUCCCUUUAGGCGCUCAUUCAGGUUGGUGAGCAAGGUUGUGAUUACAUUUGUCGCGAAGGGGAAAAGCAAGCUUGCAGUAUACACGAAAGUGGAGUGGCUUGGGUCUCCUCACGGCCUUCAGAGAAUCAUCGAGAAGCAAGCAACGAGUGAUUUAGAGCAAGACGCUCUGGACCUCGUUGAUCUUGUCAGCGAUCAAGUGCGAAAAUUGGGCUUCCAUAGCCGAACAAAAAAGGCCAUCACCAUAUUCGGUCACAUCGGACGCCAACAACACACAUCUCAACUUUCGUCCAGCGAAUCAGUUCUGAAACUUGAACCUCGAAAGCCUCGGCGUCAGAGGACCUUAACUCAACUCUUACUCGAGACGCUUCUCUCCUUCCUGGAGAGCGCUGUGUCGUCCAUAAUCAUGUGGACUUUUGCCUUGCUUCGCUGGACCUGGAAAACUACGAAUGCAAACAUGGUCAUUCUGGCGCUGCUAAUCUCCAGCGCUUUGAUGAACGGACUCUUCACUUCACGAUACACUUAUGACUGGUGGCAUGAGAGGAACGUGGGAAACUUCAUGGCUCGUCUUGGGGUCGGUCCCAACCAUGUGAUGAGCAAAGCCAUCUAUAUGAGGGAUAUCGACGAGGUGAUUGCUAACGCUACUGUCGGCCAAUCUAGCAACAACAUGAGUAAAUGUUUCUCUACAUUCUACCAGCAGACAGUGAGCGACCAGGGAACAGUCCUUUCCUUUGGCGCCUCAGGUCCUCGAGACUCAGUGACACGGAGUGCAGCCAGGCGGAUCCAUCAAACCCGCGAGCGACUCGCUAUGUAUAGACACAACUUGUUAGUGGCGCUCCGGGUAGUGAACAGCAUUGAAAGAGAGGUCAUUCAAGGCGAGUGGGAGCGAUGGCUCCGGCAGGAAUUGAGACGCUGUCACCAAGUCGAAAAACUUCUCGGAAAGGAUAAGGAGGAUGACGGGUUCAACACGCAGGUUGACCAAGCAAGUCAAACUGUUUUUGCAGACCUCGCGGGUGACGUUCAGCAGUGGUACGAUAAAUAUUGUACCAGUUGCCAGGUGGAACAGGAGCAGCUUGAGAGGAGCGGUAUUGUAUAUGGUAAUUAG